AUGGACGGCCCACUGAAAGAGUACAUUUUGACUCAUUGCUGUUUCCCUAAUGAACAACAGGAUUUCCAUGAUCACGCGGCUGGUAUGGCUGCCAAGAGCAUGCGAAACGAGCUCAACGACUUGGUAUCUGGUAUGCCAGAAGAUCAUCCUCUUCGACGAAACUUUUCUACUGAAAUGGACAACUUCUAUAUGCUAUUUACUCGAUACCUGAAUGAGAAAAGUCGUAACGAGCGUUUGAACUGGGCCAAAGUCAAAUCACCAGCUGCAGAACAACUCGUAUCAUAUUCAAGCUUGGAAAAGACUUCUCCUGCUCGUCAACCAGAAUUAUUAUCCAAACUGGCUGUAUUGAAGCUCAAUGGUGGUUUGGGUACUACGAUGGGUUGUGUUGGUCCCAAGAGUGCCAUUGAAGUGCGAGAUGGAUUGACCUUUUUGGAUUUGACUGUUCGACAAAUUGAGUACCUCAACAAUACUCAUAAUGUCAAAGUACCCUUAAUUCUCAUGAACUCAUUCAACACGGACAAUGAUACACAGCGUAUCAUUAACAAGUAUGCUGGUCACGGUUUGGACUUGUUGACUUUCAAUCAGUCCAAAUUCCCUCGUAUUAUCAAAGAAUCAUCAGUACCUAUGCCAAAGAAAUAUGAUGCCGAUAUUACUCAAUGGUAUCCACCAGGUCACGGUGACGUAUAUGAAGCACUUGACAAUUCAGGUCUAUUGGAUCAAUUAUUGGCUCAAGGCAAAGAAUAUCUCUUUGUUUCCAACGUUGACAAUUUGGGAGCUACUGUUGAUACUACCAUCUUGCAACAUAUGAUGGAUGCCGGCUCUGAAUUCAUUAUGGAAGUCACAGACAAAACCAAAGCUGAUAUCAAGGGUGGAACAUUGAUUGAUUAUGAAGGAAAUGUUAGGUUAUUGGAAGUUGCUCAAGUACCAUCAGAACAUAUGGAUGACUUCAAAUCAAUCAAAAAGUUUAAAAUCUUCAACACCAACAACUUGUGGAUUUCACUCAAAGCCAUCCGUCGCAACUUGGACAACCAAACCCUCAACAUGGAAAUCAUUGUAAACACAAAGACACUAGAUGGUGGAGAAAAGAUCAUUCAACUCGAAACAGCAGCAGGAGCAGCCAUCAAACACUUUAAGGGCGGCCAUGGUGUGAAUGUGCCGCGAGCACGAUUCUUGCCAGUAAAAUCCACAUCCGAUCUGUUUUUGAUUACAUCCGAUUUAUAUUCAUUGUCACACGGAGAACUCAAUAUGAACCCAAAGAGACAAUUUGGAGGAGUCCCCGUUGUGAAAUUGGGUGAUCAUUUCAAGAAGGUACAACACUUCUUGUCGCGAUUUGCUGGACCACCUCAUAUAUUGGAGUUGGAUCAUUUGACUGUUACUGGUGAUGUAUCGUUUGGGCAUGAUGUGAUUCUGAGAGGCACAGUCAUCAUCGUAGCCAAUCAUGGGUCACGUAUUGAUAUUCCUUCUGGAUCUGUAUUGGACGAUAAAGUCGUGACAGGCAAUUUACGUAUAUUGGAUCAUUAG